AUGGCGACCAUUGUCGAAAUUGUCUUUCUUGGAACUGGAACAUCGGGUGCAGUGCCUAAUGUCUCUUGUCUUACCAAUCCGGAGCAGUCUUGCAAGGUGUGCAUUUCGGCCAUGACCCCUCAAGGUAAAAAGAAUAUGAAAAAGAAUACGUCCCUGAUGGUGCGAUUCAAGAGCCACAACGAUCCUCCCAAUGCACGAUUACGUAACGUGCUGAUAGACUGUGGCAAGACGUUUUAUGAGAGUGCACUUGAGUUGUUUCCACGCUAUGGUAUUCGAGAAUUGGAUGCUGUUAUCUUGACACAUGGUCAUGCGGAUGCUUGCUAUGGCAUGGAUGCCUUACGUCAGUGGACCCUUGGUGGAGCAGUUCAAAAGCACAUUGACAUCUAUCUUUCUUCUGAAACCAUGGAUACCAUCCAGACAACCUUUCCUUUCUUGGUGGACGUCCGUAAUGCUACAGGUGGUGGUGAUGUGGCAACUUUUAAUUAUCAAGUAAUCUCGACUGACAAGCCUUUCGAUAUCUGUGGAUUGGAAUUCAUGCCUCUACCAGUUCAUCAUGGCAUUUACCUCUCGAGCGGUGAACCUUAUUGGUGUCUUGGCUUCAAGAUCGGCCAUGUUAUCAGCUAUAUCUCAGAUACAAACUAUAUCCCACCUGACACCAUGGAACGCAUUGUCUCUGGUCAACCCAAUCAAGUGUUUGUGGUCGAUUGUUUACGAGUCGGCGAUACGCAUGCAUCUCAUUUUGCAUUGAAGGAUUCACUUGCAGCAGCUAGACAAGUUAACGCCACAAAGACAUAUCUCGUUGGCACAACACACCGCGUAGAUCAUUAUGAAAUGGAAGCUUCGUUAGCAUCACUCGAAAAAGAAGAAGGCUUAAGAGUGGCACCUGCAUUUGAUGGAUUACGUAUUUUUUUCAACAAUGACAAGACAUUGACCGAGACAUCCUAUUUAGACGAGCAAUCAAAUCUUAUUGGCGCUACAUCAUAG